ACAAAAAAAGUGGUGGUUUAUCAGCGCUGACCUUGAUAACUCCGCUACCCCCUCACUCCUCUCCAACGGACUUACCAAAGCAAAGCACGCUCUUUUCCCCUCACUCUCUAUAACUCAGAUCUCUCUAUCGCUUAAAAUAGAAACUCCUUCUCUUUCUCUUUCUCUCCCAUUUUCUUGUUUGCCAAACAGAAAAAAGAUGCAUUCUACUUUAUCUUUAUCUCAAGCUACGACAGUUCCUAGAUCAAAUUACGCCUUCGAUUCUCAUUCUCCUUCCUUUGCUCUCUCCAAGCCGAUAAAUCUUCGCUUCUGUGGACUCAGGAGGGAAGCAUUCGGGUUCUCCAAUUUGACUCAGUCGUGUUCUAGCCGAGUUCGCAUCUCCAGUCGUGGACAUUCCAAGAAAAUCGUUGCUUCCGCUGGAAACAACGGAACUCCUCUAAAAUCGUUCAAUUAUGAUUUGAUUAUCAUCGGUGCUGGCGUCGGUGGCCAUGGAGCUGCGUUGCAUGCUGUUGAGAAGGGCUUGAAAACGGCUAUUAUUGAAGGCGAUGUGGUGGGAGGAACGUGUGUGAACAGAGGUUGUGUUCCUUCGAAAGCUCUCUUGGCUGUUAGUGGUAGGAUGCGUGAACUUCAGAGUGAGCAUCACAUGAAGGCUUUGGGUUUGCAGGUUUCUGUUGCUGGAUACGACCGACAAGGAGUUGCUGACCAUGCAAAUAAUCUUGCUUCAAAAAUUCGAAGCAAUUUGACUAACUCAAUGAAGGCACUUGGAGUAGACAUAUUAACUGGUGUUGGUACUAUUUUGGGCCCUCAAAAAGUGAAAUAUGGGAAGGUUGGUUUUCCUGACAGCAUAGUAACUGCAAAAGAUAUAAUCAUUGCUACUGGUUCCGUCCCUUUUGUUCCCAAGGGCAUUGAAGUUGAUGGGAAGACUGUUAUUACUAGUGACCAUGCCCUGAAAUUGGAGUUUGUUCCUGAUUGGAUUGCGAUUGUAGGAAGUGGUUAUAUUGGUCUUGAAUUCAGUGAUGUAUACACUGCUCUUGGCAGUGAGGUCACUUUUAUUGAAGCUCUAGAUCAACUUAUGCCUGGGUUUGAUCCUGAAAUUGGUAAGUUGGCCCAAAGGGUGCUGAUCAAUCCAAGGAAAAUUGACUAUCAUACUGGAGUGUUUGCAACCAAGAUCACUCCUGCAAGGGAUCGGAAACCAGUCAUUAUUGAACUUACUGAUGCCAAGACAAAGGAACCAAAAGACACCUUGGAGGUAGAUGCAGCCUUAAUUGCAACUGGAAGGGCUCCAUUCACUAAUGGUCUCGGUUUGGAGAAUAUUAAUGUAGUAACACAAAGGGGUUUUGUUCCCGUUGAUGAAAGAAUGCGAGUAAUUGAUGCAAAUGGCAAUCUGGUUCCUCACUUAUACUGCAUUGGUGAUGCAAAUGGUAAAAUGAUGCUUGCACAUGCAGCAAGUGCACAAGGAAUUUCAGUGGUUGAACAAGUCACUGGAAGAGAUCACGUGCUUAAUCACCUUAGCAUCCCUGCAGCCUGCUUCACUCACCCUGAAAUAAGCAUGGUUGGGUUGACAGAGCCUCAAGCAAGAGAGAAAGGUGAGAAGGAAGGAUUUGAAGUAGGAAUUGCCAAAACAAGUUUCAAGGCUAACACAAAGGCACUGGCAGAAAAUGAAGGGGAGGGACUUGCUAAGUUGAUAUACAGACCUGACAAUGGAGAGAUUCUCGGAGUUCACAUAUUUGGCUUGCAUGCAGCAGACCUCAUCCACGAGGCAUCAAAUGCCAUAGCUUUAGGGACACGUAUCCAGGACAUAAAAUUUGCAGUUCACGCACAUCCAACACUGUCUGAAGUUCUUGAUGAACUAUUUAAAUCAGCAAAAGUUAAAGCCCCUGCUUCAAGUAGUCCGGUAAGUGAACCAGUUGCAGUCUAAGCUUCUCGACACUAUAAAAAAAGCAUACAAUUUUCAAGCAUCAAGGAAACACGUUUCUUACAAGUCAGCACAACAGCCUUCCUACGAGAGGAAACUUCCGGGAGGAAUUUACUCGUGUUGGUGAUAGUUGUGACUCAAGUCUUUUGCGGCUUAGUUUCGUUGUUUGUCAAGUUGUUGUCAAAUGUAAUGCAGAGAUACCCCUGCUACUGAUAAUUUAUUUUCAUUUUGAAAGUUUGUAUUACUUGACCUUUGUGGAAAUAAUUGAGGAUUUAAAUUUUGUUUUCAUUCCAAAGUAGUUUAAAGAAAACUACGUUGAAAAUUGUCCCUACCACGAGAAUAACUGUACAAAUAUGAUGCCAAGAGUGGCUAUAAAUGAGCAUCUAAAUCUGCUGCGGGAAAUCGAUCACAGAAUCUAGGAAACAGUCAGAACUCAGAACAAGUAACUUAAAUCCAAGUUCCCUAUACAGAUUAUCAUUCAAGACCACAAGGCAAAUCCAUGGCUUAUCCAAAAUAGAGCAACAACCAUCCAAAUUCUCCCCCACAAGGAGUCGCCUAAAUUAUAACAAAACAAUGGGUUGGCAAUUUAAAAGAAGUUGGAGGUCCGAUGAUAUGAUA